CUGCGCGGCUAAAGCUGUUAGGGCUUGGCGGUGGCCGCGGUGGGGUGGAGGGGGCAGGGAGCGGCGAGGUGAGGCGAGUGCCCGAGCGGGGUUCCCGGGAGCCAUGGCCUGCUCCAUUGUCCAGUUCUGCUACUUCCAGGACCUCCAGGCCGCCCGGGACUUCCUCUUCCCUCACCUGCGGGAGGAGACCCCCAGCGGCACCGUGCGGAGGGACCCCAGUAAAUCCACAAACUGGGAAGAUGAUGGCUGGGGAGCAUGGGAAGAAACAGAACCUCAAGAACCUGAAGAAGAAGGGAAUGCUUACAAAACACCAAAAACUUCCUGGCUUCAAGAUUGUGUUUUGUCCUUAUCUCCAACCAACGAUCUUAUGGUUAUAGCUCGGGAGCAAAAGGCUGUAUUUCUAGUGCCCAAGUGGAAAUACAGUGACAAAGGAAAGGAAGAAAUGCAAUUUGCAGUUGGUUGGAGUGGUUCUUUAAAUGUUGAAGAAGGGGAAUGUGUAACUAGUGCUCUGUGUAUCCCACUAGCAAGUCAAAAGAGGAGUUCCACUGGACGUCCUGACUGGACCUGCAUCGUGGUGGGUUUUACUUCAGGUUACGUACGUUUCUAUACUGAGAAUGGUGUACUCUUGCUUGCACAGCUUUUGAAUGAGGACCCAGUGCUACAGCUUAAAUGCAGGACCUAUGAAAUCCCCCGACAUCCUGGCGUGACUGAGCAGAAUGAAGAGUUGAGUAUCUUAUAUCCAGCUGCCAUUGUGACUAUUGAUGGGUUUAGCCUUUUCCAGUCUCUUCGUGCUUGUAGAAAUCAGGUAGCAAAAGCUACAGCAUCAGGCAAUGAACACAUACAGCCACCACCCUUAGCUUAUAAGAAAUGGGGUCUACAAGAUAUUGACACCAUUAUUGAUCAUGCAAGUAUUGGUAUUAUGACUCUGUCCCCCUUUGAUCAAAUGAAGACUGCCUCCAAUAUUGGUGGAUUUAAUGCAGCAAUUAAAAACAGUCCACCUGCCAUGUCUCAGUACAUCACUGUAGGGUCCAAUCCAUUUACUGGCUUCUUCUAUGCUUUAGAGGGAAGCACACAACCAUUAUUAUCUCAUGUUGCACUAGCAGUUGCAAGUAAACUCACUUCUGCUUUAUUUAAUGCUGCCAGUGGUUGGCUUGGUUGGAAAAGUAAGCAUGAAGAAGAAACUGUCCAGAAGCAAAAGCCGAAGGUUGAACCAGCUACUCCAUUAGCUGUAAGAUUUGGACUUCCAGAUUCUAGACGGCAUGGUGAAAGCAUAUGUCUGUCUCCAUGUAACACACUGGCAGCAGUAACCGAUGAUUUUGGGAGAGUUAUUUUAUUGGAUGUAUCUAGAGGGAUUGCAAUACGCAUGUGGAAAGGCUACCGUGAUGCACAAAUUGGAUGGAUUCAAAUUGUAGAAGACCUCCACGAAAGGGUACCAGAAAAGGUGGACUUUUCCCCCUUUGGAAAUACUCAGGGUCCAAGUCGAGUAGCUCAGUUCCUUGUGAUUUAUGCCCCAAGAAGGGGAAUUCUAGAGGUGUGGAGCACACAGCAGGGACCUAGAGUAGGAGCUUUCAACGUGGGAAAGCACUGCAGGUUACUGUAUCCUGGCUAUAAAAUAAUGGGCUUGAAUAAUGUUAUCAGUCAGAGUUGGCAGCCACAGACUUACCAGAUCUGUCUUGUGGACCCCGUGUCUGGAAGUGUGAAAACGGUGAAUGUCCCUUUCCAUUUGGCACUGAGUGAUAAGAAGAGUGAACGAGCCAAGGAUAUGCAUUUAGUGAAGAAACUGUCAGCCUUAUUGAAAACGAAAUCUCCCAAUCUUGAUUCAGUUGAAACAGAAAUAAGGGAACUAAUUCUUGAUAUUAAGUACCCUGCAACCAAAAAACAAGCUUUGGAAAGCAUUUUGGCAAGUGAACGCUUACCAUUUUCCUGCCUUAGAAACAUCACCCAGACUUUAAUGGAUACUUUGAAAAAUCAAGAGCUUGAGUCUGUUGAUGAAGGAUUGCUACAGUUUUGUGCUAAUAAGCUGAAAUUGCUGCAUCUUUAUGAAUCUGUCAGUCAAUUAAAUUCCCUUGAUUUUCAUUCGGACACACCAUUCUCUGAUAAUGACUUGGCUUUGUUACUAAGGCUUGAUGAAAAAGAGCUGCUUAAGCUCCAGACAUUAUUAGAGAAAUAUAAGCAAGAGAGCAUCAGGACUACUGUGAGAUUUUCUGAUGAUAAGGAUGGUGUGUUGCCUGUAAAAACAUUCCUGGAACAUUUAGAAUAUGAGAAAGAUGUGCUCAAUGUAAAAAAGAUAAGUGAAGAGGAAUAUGUGGCUUUAGGCAGUUUCUUUUUUUGGAAGUGUUUACAUGGAGAAAGCUCCACUGAGGAUAUGUGUCACGCUUUGGAGUCAGCUGGACUUAGCCCUCAGCUCUUACUGUCUCUACUCCUGAGUGUUUGGCUUUCUAAGGAAAAAGAUAUCUUGGAUAAACCGCAGUCUGUCUGCUGUCUUCAUACAAUGCUGUCCCUCCUGAGUAAGAUGAAAGUGGCCAUUGACGAGACGUGGGAUUCCCAGUCUGUUUCUCCUUGGUGGCAGCAGAUGCGCGUGGCCUGUAUUCAGUCUGAGAACAAUGGAGCUGCUCUGCUAUCUGCACAUGUUGGGCAUUCUGUUGCUGCACAGAUAUCAAACAGUAUGGCAGAGAAAAAAUUUUCCCAAACAGCUUUGGGUACUGAUUGGGAGGCCCUCACUGACUCCUGGGAGGCCCUUUCCCUUGACACUGAGUACUGGAAGCUGCUGCUGAAACAGCUGGAGGACUGUCUCAUCCUCCAGACUUUGCUCCAUAGCAGAAGAAGUCCUCCAGCCUCCAAAGUGUCAGCACUGCAGGCUGAGCCUCUUCCAAGGCUUUCUGUUAAGAAACUACUAGAAGGAGGAAAAGGUGGCAUUGCAGACAGUGUGGCCAAAUGGAUAUUUAAACAGGACUUGAGCCCUGACGUAUUAAAACUGCCUAAUAAGGAAAAAGAUUUAGAAAAUCCAGAUGAACCCAAAGAAGGUAUUAACAGAGGUUUCCUUGAGGUGUCAGAGGUGGAGAUGGACUUGGGAGCCAUACCAGACCUGCUGCACUUAGCCUAUGAGCAGUUUCCCUGUAGCCUUGAGCUCGACGUGCUGCACGCACAUUGCUGUUGGGAGUAUGUUGUUCAGUGGAAUAAAGAUCCAGAGGAAGCACGUUUUCUUGUUAGGUCAAUAGAACACUUGAAGCAUAUUCUUAAUGCACCUGUACAGAAUGGUAUUGCACUGAUGAUGUGGAACACAUUCUUGGUUAAAAGGUUUGCUGCUGCUGCAUACUUGAUGGAUAAGGUUGGAAAAUCCCCAAAAGAUAGGCUAUGCCGAAGGGACGUGGGCAUGAGCGACGCAGCAGUGACAUCUUUCCUUGGCUCCUGUUUGGAUCUUCUUCAGACCUUAAUGGAGGCAGAUGUUAGCAGGGAUGAAAUGCAAGUGCCUGUCCUGGACACAGAGGAUGCCUGGCUUUCUGUGGAAGGACCCAUCUCGAUAGUGGAACUGGCCCUUGAGCAGAAGCACAUCCACUACCCGCUGGUGGAGCACCACUCCAUCCUGUGCUCCAUCCUGUAUGCAGUCAUGAGAUUUGCUCUGAAGACUGUGAAGCCACUUUCACUUUUUGACAGUAAGGGAAAAAAUGCAUUUUUUAAAGACCUAACUUCAAUUCAGUUAUUACCUAGUGGGGAAAUGGACCCAAAUUUUAUAUCUGUACGGCAACAGUUCUUAUUGAAAGUUGUUAGUGCAGCUGUCCAGGCCCAACAUUCAAUUGCAAAGGACAGAGAUCACUCGGAAGAGGCAAUAAGCACUUCUUUUGAGAAGGACCAAGAUUGGCCAGUUCUGGCUGUGGAUUUAGCUCAUCACCUUCAAGUUAAUGAAGAUAUUGUUAGAAGACAUUAUGUGGUAGAACUCUACAACUAUGGAGUUGACCACUUAGGAGAAGAGGCCAUACUACAAGUCCAUGACAAAGAGGUCCUUGCCUCUCAGCUGCUGGUGUUGACUGGGCAAAGACUGGCUUAUGCACUCCUCCAUACCCAGACAAAAGAGGGAAUGGAAUUGCUUGCCAGACUUCCACCCACACUCUGUACUUGGCUUAAAACAAUGGACUCCCAGGAUCUUCAAAACACUGAAGUGCCAAUCACAACAACAGCUAAACUAGUAAAUAAAGUAAUAGAGCUUUUACCAGAAAAACAUGGGCAGUAUAGUCUAGCCUUACACCUCAUUGAAGCUGUGGAAGCCAUAUCUAUUCCUUCUUUAUGACAUUUAGCUAUUAAAAACAGUAACACAGUUGUGUGACUAUAAUAUGAAUUAGUGCAUGGCUAUUUUACAUAGUGAGAGCUGGAAUUUUAAGGUAUGUGUUUUUCUUUUGUAAACUAAAUGAAAAUAUGUUUAACUUUUAAAAAGUGCCAUCCUGGCUAAAUUCCACCCCUUUGGUUAAUAUUGAAGAUGAACUAUAAAGAUGUAUCAACUAUGCUAUAGUUACUGAUACAGAGGUUUUACUGUUUAUUUUUAAUUCAAACACUUAAGUAGUUUUAUUGUUAAAUUUUGGUAUUUAAAAUUGGUUAUAAUUUACAGAUUAUGUUCCUAUUAUGAAAGUCUAUAUUUCAUAUAUAAAAUAUUGUUAUUAAAUUUAAAUGUGUUUAUGUACAGGCUGUAUUCGUAAAGUUAGAGAGACAUCCCCCUCUCCUUUAAUAAAUGUUGAGAACAUGCUUCUGUUACCGUGCUUAAUCCUAUACUGGGCUGCCACAUGGGAGUUCUGGAUGCUGACAGGUUCCUUGCCCAAGGUUCUCUGCUCAUCAGAAGACAACAACCUUGCUUGAGGAGGAAAAAUGGGUUCAAGAUCAUCGUAUUCAUCAGAAGGGACACUAAAUAGGACCCCUUAAUCUGUUGAACUUGCCAAAAUUGAGAAUCUGAGAUGUAAACAACACAGCAAAAUUAUAAUGUAAGUUAAAAUGUACUUUUUUGCCAAGUUGCAAAGUUUUAGACCUAUCAGGUAACUGUAAGAAUGUAUUAUCUUGUAAAACUUAUGUUAAAAGAGAGUCUAAAAAACUUUUUUCCCUACAGGUGUUUAGAAAUGUCUGCUUCUGGAAUUUGGAGAUGUUAUCUGACCUUGAGAACAGUACAGAAAAAAUGCUUAGUGUUAUUAUAGCAUUAGCAAACCUACCUCACAGAUGAGAGGAUAAAAUACAACAAAUUUUGUACCCUAUAGUGCCUACAACAGUCCAAGUGCUAAAACACUUACCGAUUAAAACAAAACUAACCAAAAUUCUGUAAAAAGUGCUUUGAGCUCCACAAAAACCAAGUGUUUAUUAUUGUAUACCCUUGGAAUGUAGCCAUACAGUGCAAUUAUUGUCAUUUGUCAGGGAUCACAAUUGUUAUUCAUAGUAACUCAUUGUGAUACAGAAGCUUGUUUCUUCACUUUGUCCUGAGAAGCUAACUGCGCAGAGCAAUUGCGCAGAAUUGAGGAGUAUGUCUUUCAGGGAUUAUAAAGAGAUGUAGAAAUUUGAGAAAGACAAUGUGAAUCCUUUAACUAAAAAGAUCACAUUUAAAGUAAUAUUUUUACUGGCAAAAGCUCAAUAAUUGCUAUUUGCGUGACUAUCAAAAUUUUAAGUCUUGAAAGGUAAAUUUUUAAGAUGACUUGAAUAUUUAGGGUGGGGGGCCUGCGAGGCUCAUCAAGGCACAUAUUGUGUAUAGUAACAGCAUUGGAAAGGGCCUUAAGCUAAUCCAACCUCCCAGCUUCUGCUUGGAUCUUCAGUACCCCAGACACAUUCUAUAAUUCUUGCAGACAUAUUUAGCUUUACAGUCUAGUUAUCUGUGUCCUAAGGAGAUUCGUUCUUUCUGUGAUUAUUCUAAAUACUCUGAAAGUAGUAUGAAUUUUUAGGAAAUUGGUCAAGAAACUUGGAGUUACAGAUAUUCUUAAUGGAUUUGAGGAUUUAAUCUUUAUCACUUUAUCACCCUUCCAAUAAGGGUUACUUAUUAAGCAUUUUAGAUAAUAAAACUGGUUAAACUUACUCUGUUGGGACACAAAGUCUCCAAAGUUAGUGUUAAAUCUUAAGAUAACAAACCUUAUAGAAUGUUUAAAUUGAAUUCUGUGUUACAUGGUUAAGAAAAGCAGAUAUUUUAAUACUUCUUAAAGGGCUAUUAAAAUAAACUGGAUAGAAAGAAAGAAAAAUUAAUACAUAUAUGUGCAUUCUGUAACAAUGAAGAUCUACCAAUCAAGGAAUUAGAUGUUACAUGGAAUAAAUGUGUGGCACUUACUGUAGUUACUGAUGGGAAGACAAAUACCAGUAAUGUUUUCCUAGUAUUUAUACUCCCACCCCCUGCACCCUCUCCAUUAAGUCUAAUGCACUUUUUUUACUUUGUUAAAUAUACCGAAUGUUGAAGAAAAAUGUUCAAAUAAUCAUAACUUCAACAUUACAGGUUGUGUUUAGACAGAGCUAAUGGGGCCAGGUCAAUGAAGACAAAGAGCAUAUGGCACUAAGCUUCUAAACAUUUCAUACUUCUACAAAAAAAGUUUCACCUUUGUUACAAAAAUUCAUCUAAGAUCAAAGUAAACAUUCUUAUAUUUAAUAAGUUGUAAUUUAAAGUCACAGAAAACCAAGAUUUAAUAAAACUAAGCUUAGGUUGAAUGUAACAUUCACUUAGAAGUGGCUGUAAUCCAUUUCAUUUAUAAGAGACAAGUAUUUUUACAGUAUACUGUAGCUACAAUGGAAGUCCUCUCUACUCCUGACAGGAAUGAAUUUGCUGGGCUUCUAAAAUUUAAUUUCUGCUGAGUAGAAUUAGUUAUCCUUAGAUUUUAAUCCAAUACUGAACUGUUUAUAAAAUGCUCUAUUAUCUAUUGUAACGUACUGUAAGUAGUGAAAUCUUGUAUAUACUGCUAUUUUCUGGAUCUGUUUAUCAUUGUGAACUUAUGUAUAUUAGUGAAAUAAAUUUUAAGAUUUCAUGUUUAACAUUCAUAAAUGUAAAUAUUAAGAGACCUCUUAAAUAACAAAUUUGGUGAUGUUUUUCUUUCUAAUAUAACCCCCACAACUAGCUGUUGGGAAAAGGCUGUUUUCCCCAGUGGGAAGAAUGAGAUGACUUUCUUCAGC